UGUGUGUGUGUGUGUGUGUGUGUGUCAGUCACAAACACAAUGAGACUCAGUCAGUGCUGCUGGAUGUCACGUUUCAUUGUUUCUGAAAAUACGUGUGUGACACCUAAACUAUCAAGGGAAAGAAAUCCAGCGUUUGCUUUAGUAAGCAUGUCUCUUCUGUUGGUCCUGCGGUCUCCACGCUUGUCCUUCCUGCAGACGCUGCUGUCUCUGCUGCUGUCUCUGGUCUCUCUCUCGUCCUCUCACUGGUGUGUGGGCCGGCAGAAGGUCCCCAAGCCGCUGUGCUCCCCGUCUCGCCGGCUCAGGUGCACUCCGGUGCACGGCGUCUCCGACGGCUCCUUCUCCUGGGAGACCGGAGACGAUCGCUUCAUCUUCCCCUCCUUCCACGCGGGGCUCUGGACCACCUGUGAGGAGAACAUCUUCACCGACGCCUCGGGUGAGAGCUCACUCAAUCAUUCUCAUGUCUUCAUCUUGAAGGUGUUGUGACCUUAAUGAUUCAUUUACAGUAGCACCAAGAACAUUUUGUGAUACUGUUAAGGUUCUUCUUAAAGCCAGGCAGGUAUUAG